AUGGCGUAUACCAACGCAUCAGAAACCGUUAGCUUAGAAGGCGAUAUCCAAAUCCAUCCAUCAAAAACGGCUAACAAGGGGACCAUCGACGAGUCUAUUAAGGAAACUAUUGUGAGGGACGUUCGAUCUGUUUGCCGGAAGGUUACACAUGUUAUAUUUCCUCGACGUGGUCACGAACUUCUGAAUGAUUGGGACUUGUGGGGUCCGUUCUUCAUCUUCAUUGUUCUUGCUCUAGUACUUCAGCUUAGCCAUGGUCAGAAAGAGGACGCUGGUGCUCCCCAGUUCGCACAAGUUUUUACUGUCUUUUGGUUUGGUGUUAUAGCCGUAUCUCUCAACACAAAGUUGCUUGGGGGAAAUCUAUCCAUCUGUCAAACUGUCUGUGUUCUGGGCUACUGCAUCCUUCCUCUGGUAACAUGUCUGGUAAUCAAUGUGGUUAUCAAGCUCCUCACCUCAGCCGGCACCUGGAUUCUGCUAAUUCGACUCGCAAUCGUCUUUACCGGUUUGUCAUACUCCCUCUUCUCGGCAGCUACCUUCCUGGCACCCAGUUCGAAACCAACGCGGGUUGCGCUUGUCGUUUAUCCUCUCUGCCUCUUCUACUUUUUCAUUGGUUGGCUGGUCUUUGUCAAUACCGGACCCUCAAGAAUUUAG